AUAUCAUUCGCAUCGAACUCAUCGAGAUCAGCAAACGAGCAAAAAUUAAAAUGAAGUUCCUGAUUGUCUUCGUCGCCCUCUUCGCCGUGGCUCUGGCUGCUCCUACUUCCGAAAUCCUGCGAUCGGAAUCCGAUGUUGGACCCGAAAGCUUCAAAUUCGAUUGGGAAACUAGCGAUGGCCAGGCUGCUCAAGCCGUGGGCCAGCUGAACAACGUUGGAUCCGAACACGAAUCCCUUGCUGUCCAUGGAUCCUACCGCUUCGUGAGUGAUGAUGGUGUGACCUACGAGGUCAAGUACACCGCCGAUGAGAACGGAUUCCAGCCCCAGGGUGCCCAUCUGCCCGUUGGUCCCUAAGUCACUCAAAGUGGAUUACCCAGUUCCUUGUUAAUAUCGUUUAGCUGACACGUCCUUUGAUUUGAAAAGCAAGAGAUUCUAAGUCAAAAAA